AUGCAACAGUACGUGCUGGACUCAGAAGCUCUUGUUCUUUAUUUUCCUAACCCCAAGACUGUAACUGGUGACGAUGUCUUGGAGUUGCACGUUCAUGGAGGAUCAGCCACCGUAAAAGCUGUGUUAGCAGCCAUUCCGAAAUGUUCCGCUGCACAUCGUAUUCGAUACGCAGAGCCUGGCGAGUUUACGAAGCGCGCCUUUUUCAACAACCGCCUAGAUCUUGCUCAAAUCGAAUCCCUGAGUGACACCCUGGCUGCUGAAACGGAACAGCAACGUCGUGCAGCUGUGCGAGGCAAUUCAGGUGCUCUUGGACGACAAUACGAGACAUGGAGAGAGCAGCUCUUGUUGGCUCGGGGCGAGAUCGAAGCUUUGAUUGACUUUUCCGAAGACCAGCACUUCGACGAGUCCCAAGCUGAAUUGUUACAGAACGUGACUGCGCAAGUCGCUAGGAUGCUACACAGCAUUGAGCUGCAUGAGCAGGGAAGUCAAAGGAGCGAGCUUUUGAGGAACGGAAUUCGUAUUGCGCUGUUAGGGCCACCCAAUGUUGGUAAGAGCUCGCUUAUGAACCUGAUCGUUGGGCGCGAGGCAUCUAUUGUGUCCGGUGAAGCAGGCACAACGCGAGAUAUCGUCGAGGCAAGCUUAGACAUUCGCGGCUAUUUAUGUUCAUUUGCAGAUACGGCAGGAUUUCGUUCCAAAGGUCCCCAGGUGAUCAAUGGGGCAGAUAGUGGCGCAAUUGGGGCCGUGGAGGAAGAAGGCAUACGGCGAGCAAAGCAACGAGCUCUGGACUCUGACCUUGUUAUAGUCCUAGCAUCCGUGGAAGAUGGCCUGGAUGGGCCAUUUUUGCAAUACGACCAAGAAACGCUCGAUCUCGCGGCAGGGGCAGAGGACUGUGUUGUCGUUGUCAAUAAACAAGAUGCAGUCGGUAAGGAAGAAUUUGAGAAGCUGGUUCAGGGUUUUAGAAAAACAGUUCGAAUUCGAGCCCCCAAACUAGCGGCGGCGGAGUUCGUGUCGGUAUCGUGUAAGGAGGCUCAGACAGGGACAAGGGAGAGCAAGGAUCCUGGCGGGAUCCAGGCUGUGAUCACCAAGCUCGUGGCAUCCUUUGAGAAAAUGACAUCCAUGCCCGUCGAUCUCCAGGAUCUGCUAGGCGUUACAGAGCGCCAGCGCCAGCUCCUGGUCAAGUGUCGUCGACACUUGGAGGACUUCAUGAUGGAGGCUACCCCUGAAGAGGGCCUGGACGCCGAUGCCGUGCUCGCGGCCGAGUAUCUGAGGUAUGCGGCAAAUUGCCUCGCACGGAUCACAGGGCGGGAUGACUUUGGAGAUGUUGAGGAUGUAUUGGGUGUUAUCUUUGAAAAGUAA